AUGGGGUUCAGGGUCUCAGUCUUUGGUGAUGCUCGUGCCGCUGCCCCGCAGGAGGCGGACGGGACGCUGGACUGCAUCAGCAUGGCGCUGACGUGCACCUUCAACCGCUGGGGCACGCUGCUGGCCGUGGGCUGCAACGACGGCAGGAUCGUCAUCUGGGACUUCCUGACCCGCGGCAUCGCCAAGAUCAUCAGCGCCCACAUCCACCCCGUGUGCUCGCUGUGCUGGAGCCGGGAUGGGCACAAGCUGGUCAGUGCCUCCACCGACAACAUCGUGUCGCAGUGGGAUGUGCUGUCCGGGGACUGUGACCAGAGGUUCCGCUUCCCCUCGCCCAUCCUCAAAGUCCAGUACCACCCCCGGGACCAGAACAGGGUGCUGGUGUGUCCCAUGAAGUCAGCCCCAGUGAUGCUGACCCUGUCAGACUCCAAGCACGUGGUGCUGCCCGUGGACGACGACUCCGACCUCAACGUGGUGGCGUCGUUUGACCGGAGGGGGGAAUACAUCUACACCGGCAACGCCAAGGGCAAGAUCUUGGUCUUAAAAACAGACACUCAGGAUCUUGUUGCUUCCUUCAGAGUGACCACAGGGACCAGCAACACCACGGCCAUUAAAUCCAUCGAGUUCGCCCGCAAAGGGAGCUGCUUCCUGAUCAACACGGCCGACCGCAUCAUCCGCGUGUACGACGGGCGCGAGAUCCUGACCUGCGGCCGCGACGGCGAGCCCGAGCCCAUGCAGAAACUGCAGGACCUGGUCAACAGGACCCCCUGGAAGAAGUGCUGCUUCUCGGGGGACGGCGAGUACAUCGUGGCGGGCUCGGCGCGGCAGCACGCGCUCUACAUCUGGGAGAAGAGCAUCGGCAACCUGGUGAAGAUCCUGCACGGCACCCGCGGCGAGCUGCUGCUGGACGUGGCAUGGCAUCCUGUCCGGCCCAUCAUCGCUUCCAUUUCCAGCGGCGUCGUUUCCAUCUGGGCUCAGAACCAAGUGGAAAACUGGAGUGCUUUUGCCCCAGAUUUCAAGGAGCUGGAUGAAAAUGUGGAAUAUGAGGAGAGGGAAUCAGAAUUUGACAUUGAGGAUGAGGAUAAGAGCGAGCCAGAGCAGACAGGGGCUGAUGCUGCAGAGGAUGAGGAGGUGGACGUGACCAGCGUGGAUCCCAUCGCCGCCUUCUGCAGCAGUGACGAGGAGCUGGAGGACUCCCGGGCGCUGCUGUACCUGCCCAUCGCCCCCGAGGUGGAGGACCCCGAGGAGAACCCCUACGGGCCCCCGCCCGACGCCGUCCCGGCCGCGCUGCCCGACGACGCCCUGGGCCCCGACAGGAAACGGCCCAGCUGCUCCGACGGGCCCCAGGCCCCCAAGAAAAAACCCAAAACCACCAACAUCGAGCUCCAGGGAGUCCCCAAUGACGGUGGGUGCGAGAUUCCCGGGACUUGGGGCGACGGUAAAUCCAAGAAGAAGCAGGCGGGCAGGCCCAAAGGAUCAAAAGGUAAAGACAAAGAUUCUCCAUUUAAACCGAAACUCUACAAAGGGGAC